UGGAGAGAACCAAUCCCAGUGUGUGAGUGAGAGAGACCCAGAAAAGCCUCGAGCUUUCAUAUUUUCAUCAUCAAUCUCACACACCACACAACCCUUUGGAUCCAUAAAUCUUGUUGCUAGAGAACACCAGUCUAAUGCCUGUACUCGAAGGUGAAAAUCCAAGCCCCAAAGAGGGAGUGAAGGUGGUUGGAUGUGAUGAGAGAGCUACAAAAUCAGAUCCUACUACUGAUAUAUCUCAACAACUUGAAAAUUUGAAGGUUGAAGAUGCUUCUUCUGGUUCUACAGGGUGCAGGGAAUUUUCUUCUGACACAGAGAUUGGGGCUAAUGAAAAGACUGCUUCAACAAAUGAAGCAGGUUCUUGUAAUAAGCUACCAGCAAGAUCACAGUUAUAUGAGAUAUGUGUUGGAAAAAAAUGGAAGCUCCCUUUGUAUGAGUGCUGCAAAGAGGAAGGACCACCCCACAUGAGAAUGUUCACCUACAAGGUUAUUGUUGAGAUAGAAGAAACGGAAAAGACAGUUUUGGAAUGCUUUGGCGCUCCUCAUUCAAAGAAGAAAUCAGCAGCAGAGCACGCGGCUGAAGCAGCGUUAUGGUACUUGAAGAAUAUUGGUUAUGACUCGAAGGAUCGGUGAAAUGAAUUAUCGUGAAGCACCAUUGAGAUCAGUCAGUUACUGAUUUUUUUACUUUUGGUUUCGUCCCCAGCCAAACAAUUUAGAGGCUAUGGAUCCACAUUUGGUAGACUAAUAGUGGUAGAUUUACAUUCUUUGAAGUUAUAUAAUUGGUUAGAGUCAACAAAUUUUUUAAGGUUAAUUUUAGUUUAGUAUCUUGAACAUUUUCACGGUAACGAAUGUUAUACUUGAAUUUUCAAUUUUAA